GUGCAGACACUAAUGUGUGUGUGUGUUUUGCAGAUGACUGCGAGCUAGCCGGCUGAGUAGAAGAACGGGAGUCCCCCCUGCCCCCUCUGCCACCUGCAGCCAUGAAUGGUAAGACCACGGCUUUAUUACUCUGUGUGUGCUAUGGCGUUCUCCUCCUCUCUCAAGGGCACAUUUAGCUGGUUUUUUUCCCUUUUCUUUUUCUGCUGAGUCUCCAUUCUUGUCCUCUGGUGCAGCAGCAGUGUGUAGUGUGUCGCUCACUGGGCUGUUCACUGCAGCACGACUCUGUGUCUGUCUCUGUCCAGCUCCUAUAUCUGCUGUACCAGUGUUGUAUCUAACUCUACGCCCCUGUUCAUAGAUCCUAUCUAAGUCAACACCCCUGUUCAUAGAUCCUAUCUAAGUCAACGCCCCUGUUCAUAGAUCCUAUCAAACUCUACGCCCCUGUUCAUAGAUCCUAUCGAAGUCAACGCCCCUGUUCAUAGAUCCUAUCUAAGUCAACGCCCCUGUUCAUAGAUCCUAUCAAACUCUACGCCCCUGUUCAUAGAUCCUAUCAAACUCUACGCCCCUGUUCAUAGAUCCUAUCUAGCUCUACGCCCCUGUUCAUAGAUCCUAUCUAGCUCUACGCCCCUGAUAGAUCCUAUCUAGCUCUACGCCCCUGAUAGAUCCUAUCUAGCUCUACGCCCCUGAUAGAUCCUAUCUAGCUCUACGCCCCUGUUCAUAGAUCCUAUCUAGCUCUACGCCCCUGUUCAUAGAUCCUAUCUAGCUCUACGCCCCUGUUCAUAGAUCCUAUCUAAGUCAACGCCCCUGUUCAUAGAUCCUAUCUAGCUCUACGCCCCUGUUCAUAGAUCCUAAGUCAACGCCCCUGUUCAUAGAUCCUAAGUCAACGCCCCUGUUCAUAGAUCCUAUCUAGCUCUACGCCCCUGUUCAUAGAUCCUAUCUAGCUCUACGCCCCUGUUCAGUCCUGUUCAAUGUAAUUUAAAUUAAUUUCAAAUAAUUAACAUUUUAUAAACAUUUUGCUCUACUCUAUGCUCUGAUGAAACAGGGAAAAACGCCACUAAGAGAUGACAGAUCUAGUUUUAAGUCAGUCACAUCACAACAGUGUUUCCCUUCGGAUUUUCUUCAGCAGUGGUGGCAGAGUUAUAUGUUUCAUUUUUUUGCGGUGGGGGCCACGAUAUAGCAACAGCAGUGCGCCGCUGCUAAAUUCAUAUAGGGGAAACACUGCACAAACACAGUCUACCUACUGGGAAAAAAUCAAUAGACUGAAACAAAAUUGGCCUGUACUGUAAGACCAUGGUCCAAUUACAGUGAGCCUCCUGUGUUCCAUGGUGCAGUGCUGGAAUUGAUUGUGUCAGGGACAGAACCACACAACACUAAACCAGUUCACUCUUAUCUCAAUCUCUGUCUUAUCUUUCUUUAUUACUACCGUAUAAUCAGUGGUUUAAACACACAGACACUAGAAGUGAUCUGAAUAUGAAUGAUGUGGACAAUUAAACAAUAAAGAAGCGAUAGCAAUGGUAAGCAUGUUCUCCCCCACAAAUGAUGCAGCACCCCCCUUGGGCCAAUUAGUGACAACAAUUCAAACUCAAACGGGACAGGAGAUAUGCUUGUUCAAUGUUUGGUUUUUCUGUUGAUUACUAUGGCUCCCCCUUGGGCCUAUAAGUGUAAUUGCACAAAUGACGGAGCUCUAUGGCAAGACAACUUUCGUCAAAAUCGGGCCUGUAGUGUCUGAGAUAUUGCGUGUAACGUACGAAUGGACGGAGACUGAUUCAUACUCCCCCCUCCGAUUUCAUUGUGGGGGACAAUAACAAUGUUUUAGCCCUCCAACGUAAAAAUAGAAAUAAGAAAGAAGCUAAAGAAAAAGGACAGAGCCCUCCACACAAACUGAGUGAGGUGGGUGGGUGAGUGAGAGAAAGGUUCUGUCUUGUAUGACUGCUGGGUCUUUCACUAACCAUGAUCAAAAAAGGCAACAGUAAACGUAGUCCCCCACGAAUGAUGCAGCGCCCCCCUUGGGACAAUCAGUGUAAUUUUGUAAAUGACGGAUUUCUAUGGCAAGACUCAUCAUUCACCCAAGUUUCGUCAAAAUUGGGCCAGUGCUGUCAGAGAUCGCGUGUGCCUAACGGACGGAGACAGCUACAGUCCCCUCCCCGAUUUCAUCAUGAGGGACAAUUAAUGUCUGAAUUCCAUCCUUGUUCUGUCGCUCUGAUUCGGUAAUGGUAGAGGCUUUGCCUGGAGGUGUGUCUGUGUAUAGCGUGUGUUUUAGGUUGUCUAGUGAAACCUCAGCCGUUUCCUGUGUUGGGAGUUGUUGCUCAACCUUUCUGUGUGUGUGUGUCACUACCCCACACCUCUGUUUUCCUUGUCCUGAUAGACUUGUAGGCCUUUUCCCUCAGAGAUGGCUGAGAUUGGUAGCUGAAAAUGAUUUCUCUUUCCUCUCUUUCUCCAGGCGGCCGCAGUGUGUGGGCGAUCUCUCCAGAAGAGCGGGACAAACAUGACAAACAGUUUGACACCCUCUCUCCCGUCAUGGGCUACGUCUCAGGUACCAAGACAAUGCAUGCUUGCACACCAUCUCUCCAUGCUGUAAUGUCUCUUCUCUGUUUGCACCUUUUCACUCACUCCUUCUCUUGUUCUCACUCCAGGGGAGCAGGCCAGAAAGUUCUUCCUGCAGUCGGGUCUGCCCUCCUCAGUGCUGGCAGAGAUAUGGUGAGCACACACACACACGGCCUCCCUUCUCUGUGCUGUGAGAAAUAUUGUAGGCGGCUGCUCUCCAGUCUCACACACUUGAUUGUCCAAAGGAAGUAAUGACCCUCUCUCUCCCCCCAGGGCCCUGGCUGACAUGAAUAAGGAUGGGAAGAUGGACAGGUUGGAGUUCUCCAUCGCUAUGAAGCUCAUUAAGCUCAAACUUCAGGGCACACCCCUUCCCUCAUCUCUACCAAUCAUCAUGAAGCAGCCACCAGUGCCCGCCCCUAACCCUGCCUCAACAGGCGUCAUGUCCUCCUCACGCUAUGGUACGUUAACACUUCUAUUCUAUUUUUAUUUCAAUGGAUGAUGUUUUGUCUUAUCUUUCUAAUAUUGUGUGUUUCUCCUCUGUAUCUCCAGGAAUGGGCUCCAUGCCAAACCUGUCUAUAAUGCCCGGAGCCAUCGGCAUGCUCACCCCCAUUCCCAUGACAUCUAACUUCUCAACCAUGACCCCUAACUUCUCACCCAUGACCCCUGUGACUGGCCUCACUCCUAUGGUCCCAAUGACAGCAAGCAUGGUCCCCCUGGUUUCCACGUCAACAAUGCCCCUGCUGCCAUCCCUGGGCAGCCCCUCUCUCCCCAAUGGCACUAUGGGUAUCCUACAGCACCUCCCAACAGGACACAUGGGGACAGGUAAGAGGAGGACAGGCUCUCUCUCUUUCUCUCUAUCGCUCCUUCCACCCCCUCUCUUUCAAUCUGUAUGGAAGUGAAUGGAGAGUAGAAACUGCUGAGUCACCAUUCGAAAUAACUAAUAAUACACUAUCAUGGUGUAUUUGUAAUGUAACCAUACAAUAAUUAAAAUGUAUAAGGACCGUUUAUAAUGCACGUGUGUGUGUGUGUCAAGGCAUGCCUCUCUCUGCGCCCUACGCCUCCUCUCCUCUGGGUUUCUCUCCUGGGAUGAACAAAGCUACGUCACUGCUGGACCUAGGCUCAAGCAGGUAACACACACACACACACACACACACACUUGAUCGGAUCUGACCUACAUAGUAUCUGACCUCAUAGGAUCUGAUCUACAUAGGAUCUGAUCUACAUCUCUACCAAUUUGGAUGCCAAUGGACUGUUUCUACAUUGACUAACUCUAUAAUGCUCUCUCACCAUCCAUCUCUUUCUCUCCUCUCUCCUCUCUCUCCAUCCACCCCCUUCUCUCUCUCCUCUCCAGCUCCAACUCUUCGUCCACCACCUCCCUGGCAGGUAGUUCUCCUAAGACGGCUCCGUCUGACUGGGCCGUGCCUCAGGCCUCGCGCCUCAAAUACAGACAGCAGUUCAACAGCCUCGACAAAAACAUGACGGGAUACCUUACAGGUGGGUGCUGCUGGGAAAUAUAGGCAAACAGAUGGCAGCCGUCCGACAGGAGGGUGUCUAUAGGUAAUGUAGUUUACCUAAGGGACCACAAUGGAAUUAAGUCAUUGACUUUACUGUGUUAUCCCUGUCAGUUUUUUAAAUGUAUGUACUGUGUGUAUAUGUGUUUUUUAUUUUUUACUGUCAAUUAAAACCAAUCAACCUCACAGGCAGGUGGGUAACUGUGGAUAAUGCAGUUAUAUGAGAGAUGACUGUAAGUCGCUUUGGAUAAAAGCGUCUGCUAAAUGGCAUAUUAUAUUAUUAUUAUAUUAUUAUAUUAGAUGGUUCUAAUGUUAAUGUAGUAGUUAGGAAGGGAAGACACUCUAGAGUAGACUGUUAAAAUGCACCUUGUGAUGGGUAGAAUGACUGGCAUACCUGUGUGUGUCACCUGAGCCAAAGCAUUUGUGGUAUGCGGGGUGUGGUUGUCGGCCUUUGUGUCCACUGGGUUGAUGACUUUACCUUUCACUUUCAUAACGUAUGCUUCCCUAAUUCCUUCCCUUGUAGGCUUGUUGUGGUAGACUGCUGCUCCACUAGCCGUUCGUGUGUAUGUGCGUGAUUGUUCUACACCUUACCUUCUCCUUUCCUCUCUCAGCUACCUCUUGACAGACCUGUUCUGGGGAAACGGCCAUUGUAUCUAAGACACACUGUAGGAAACCACUGUAGGAUCACUUGGCAACUGUUUUCCUUCUAAUUUGGAGGUUGUGCAAAAAGGCUGCAAGGGAAGUAGAAGUUAUAAACCAAAACUUUACAUAAUCGACUGAGAUUGCUUUAUUCUGUGUGUGUGUGUGUAUUUCAGGUCAGCAGGUGAGGAAUGCUAUGGCAACCACUCUGCUCACUCAGACACAGCUGGCAACCAUCUGGUGAGUACACCUUCAUCAUUAUCAUCAUCAACUUAGAGUUGUACCUGUAUAAGAACGUUUGACCUUUGCAGUAACGUGUUUCAAAGGAGAAACCUGUGUGUGUGUGCGCUAAUCUCUCUCUCUCUGUCAGGACCCUGGCCGAUGUGGAUAAGGAUGGGAAGCUAAGGGGAGAGGAGUUUAUUCUGGCCAUGCAUUUAGUGGACAUGGCCAAGACCGGCCAACCCUUACCUCUCACACUACCCACAGAACUAAUACCACCAUCACAGAGGUACACACACACAAACACACACAAACACACACACAAACACACACACCUAACCCUUCCCCUCUCUUUUUCUGGUAGGGGUGCUGUGAAUGGGACCGGUUUAUCUCUCUAUGCUGGCAUCACUGAAGAACUGGAGGCUGAGCCACCACAGAAAACCAAAAGCAACUGUAUGUACACACACAGACACACACACACACGACUCUCACUCUUCUUCUGUAUGACUACAACACAUACAUUUACAUUUUACAUUUUAGUCAUUUAGCAGACGCUCUUAUCCAGAGCGACUUACAGUUAGUGAGUGCAUACAUUUUUCAUACUGGCCCCCCGUGGGAAGCGAACCCACAACUCUGGCGUUGCAAGCGCCAUGCUCUACCAACUGAGCUACAGGGGACUACAUACAUAAUGCAUCUGUACACAUCUAAUGACUAUUGACACUCUCUCACUACUCUCUCUCUCGUCUCCCUAUCCUCUCUCUCCCCAUCCAUCCCUCCCCCCCUCAGUAUCGUUUGAGGAUAGGUUCAAGGCCAACCUGGAGCGAGGGAACGCGGAGCUGGAGAAAAGAAGACAGGCUCUGCAGGACGCACAGAGGAGAGAGGAGGAGAGACGCCAGCAGAAGGAGAGAGAGGAGCGAGAGAGGAGAGAGAGGGAGGCCAGGGAGCAGGAGGAGAGGAGGAGGAAGGAGGAGGAGAGGAGGCUGGAGCGGCAGAGGGAGCUGGAGAGACAGAAAGAGGAGGAGAGGCUAAAGGAGAUGGAGAGAAAAGAGGUAAAGAGGCAUGUUCUAUAAUGGGCAAGGGCUCUCAGUGUGUGAGUCAUUGUGUGUUCGUGUGUAUGUGAUGGCGUGUAUGUGUUUGACUGCGUGUGUGUUCCCCAGGCGGUGCAGCGUGAGUUGGAGCGCCAGAGGAAGGAGGAGUGGGAGAGGAGGAGGAGAGGAGAGCUGCAGAGCCAGAAAAGUCAGGAGCAGGAGGACAUCGGCAGACUAAAGGCCAGGAAGAGCAACCUGGAGAUGGAGCUGGAGGCUGUGGUGAGGCUACACUAGGGCUGUUACGGUGACCCACACACCGGCAGUCACGAAUCAUGACCGCAGUCAAGUUCCACGUGAUCGUUUAGUCACGGUAACUAGGCUUCUCCAAGCUCGGAUGCUGCUGAUGGUCAUUAGUAGCCUACCAAACUUGCUAACUGCCUGGUACUCAGCACUCUACUGUCCCUCUAAUCACUCUGCCAUCAAUGCACAUUUUACAUUUACAUUUUGGUCAUUUAGCAGACGCUCUUAUCCAGAACGACUUACAGUUAGUGAGUGCAUACAAAUGUAAUCGAAAAUCAAAUCAAACACUUCAUGAGAGCCCAUGAGCUCAUGUUGCACAACAUUUCUAUAGGCUAUGCAAUUGCGUGAGAAAACAGAGUUUUGAGGGCCAAUAUUAAAAAGAGGAGGAGCCCAUCAGCUUUCUAUAGGCUAGGCCUACUAUAUUUAUUUCUCACAUUAAGCACAUUGCUUCGCUUUACAACAGGAGUAUAGCCUACCUGGCUGGCAUGAAAAUUAACCACGGGAAAAGCGGCCUCCAUUUGCUAUUUAAAUGCAUAGAUUACAUGUAUUUUUUCCCCCCUGUUCCGAGACGGGUGCAUGAUAAUGGUCCAUUCUAAAUCAAAACUAAUUUCACACUUAUUUUAUUUAGUGUACAGUGUGUUCGGAAAGUAUUCAGACCCCUUGACUCUUUCCACAUUUUAUACAGCCUUAUUCUAAAAUUGAUUAAAUAAAAACAAUUCCUCAUCAAUCUACACACAAUACCCCAUAAUCACAAAGCAAAAACAGGUUUUUAGACAUUUUUGCAAGUGUAUUAAAAAUAAAAAACGGAAACACCUUAUUUACAUAAGUAUUCAGACCCUUUGCUAUGUGACUCGAAAUUGCGCUCCAGUGCAUCCUGUUUCCAUUGAUCAUCCUUGAUAUGUUUCUGCAACUUGAUUUGAGUCCACCUGUGGUAAAUUCAAUUGAUUGGAAAGGCACACAACUGUCUAUAUAAGGUCCCACAGUUCACAGUGCAUGUCAUAGCAAAAACCAAGCCAUGAGGUCGAAGGAAUUGUCUGUAGAGCUCCGAGACAGGAUUGUGUCAAGGCACAGAUCUGGGGAAGGGUAGCAAAACAUUUCUGCAGCAUUGAAGGUCCCCAAGAACACAGUGGUCUCCAUCAUUCUUAAAUGGAAGAAGUUUGGAACCACCAAGACUCUUCCUACAGCUGGCCGCCCGACCAAACUGAGCAAUCGGGGGAGAAGGGCCUUGGUCAGGGAGGUGACCAAGAACCCAAUGGUCACUCUGAUAGAGCUCCAGAGUUCCUCUGUGGAGAUUGGAGAACCUCACCAGAUGCAGCACUCCACCAAUCAGGCCUUUAUGGUAGAGUGGCCAGACGAAAGCCACUCCUCAGUAAAAGACACAUGACAGCCCCCUUGGAGUUUGCCAACAGGCACCUAAAGACUCUGACCAUGAGAACCAAGAUUCUCUGGUCUGAUGAAACCAAGAUUGAACUCUUUGGACUGAUUGCCAAGCGUCACAUCUGGAGGAAACCUGGCACCAUCCCUACGGUGAAGCAUGGUGUUGGCAGCAUCAUGCUGUGGGGAUGUUUUUCAGCGGCAGGGACUGGGAGACUAGUCAGGAUCGAGGGAAGGAUGAACGGAGUAAACUACAGAGAUACUUGAUGAAAACCUGCUCCAGAGCGCUCAGGACCUCAGACUGGGGCGAAGGUUCACCUUCCAACAGGACAACAACCCUAAGCACACAGCCAAGACAAUGCAGGAGUGGCUUCAGGACAAGUCUCUGUCCUUGAGUGGCCCAGCCAGAGCCCGGACUUGAACCCGAUCGAACAUCUCUGGAGAGACCUGAAAAUAGAUUUGCAGUGACACUCCCCAUCCAACCUGACGGAGCUUAAAAUGUGAAGAAAUAGCCUAAUACAUUUUAAUCUAAACGUUCUGAUCUGUUGCAUCAGCCUCAUUGCUUUUGAAAGUUUUUUUGAUGCGAGUGGUUGUAUUAAUUUGGGAUCCAUCGCAUCCCACAACUGUCCCAGACUAUGUUUGGAAUAUUUAUUUCUCACACAGAAUAGAAUAGGUCAACUUUUGUACUAUUGGGGGAUAGUAGAUUGACAGGCAAUUGCUUUUGCUGUUCAUUAAGCCUACUCAUCUUAUUGGCUGCCGAAAAGUAAAUGUGGACAGUUCUUCUAACAUCUUCAAUAUGUACAGUGGCUUGCGAAAGUAUUCACCCCCCUUGGCAUUUUUCCUAUUUUGUUGCCAUAAAACCUGGAAUUAAAAUGGAUUUUGGGGGGGGUUGUAUAAUUUGAUUUACACAACAUGCCUACCACUUUGAAGAUGCAAAAUAUUUUUUCUUGUGAAACAAAUAACAAAUAAGACAAAAACAGAACUUGAGGUCUUGGGGUAGGUCUCUAUAAGCUUGGCACAUCUAGUCACUGAGAUUUUUGCCCAUUCUUCAAGGCAAAACUGCUCCAGCUACGUCAAGUUGGAUGGGUUCCGCUGGUGUACAGCAAUCUUUAAGCCAUACCACAGAUUCUCAAUUGGAUUGAGGUCUGGGCUUUGACAUUUAAAUGUUUCCCCUUAAACCACUCAAGUGUUGCUUUAGCAGUAUGCUUAGGGUCAUUGUCCUGCUGGAAGGUGAACCUCCGUCCCAGUCUCAAAUCUCUGGAAGACUGAAACAGGUUUCCCUCAAGAAUUUCCCUGUAUUUAGCGCCAUCCAUCAUUCCUUCAAUUCUGACCAGUUUCUCAGACCCUGCAGAGGAAAAACAUCCCCACAGCAUGAUGCUGCCACCACCAUGCUUCACUGUGGUGGGGAUGGUGUUCUCGGGUUGAUGAGGUGUUGGGUUUGCGCCAGACAUAGCGUUUUCCUUGAUGGUCAAAAAGCUCAAUUUUAGUCUCAUCUGACCAGAGUACCUUCUUCCAUAUGUUUGGGGAGUCUCCCACAUAGCUUUUGGGUAACACCAAACGUGUUUGCUUAUUUUUUUCUUAAAGCUAUGGCUUUUUUCUGGCCACUCUUCCGUAAAGCCCAGCUCUGUUGCGUGUACGGCUUAAAGUUGUCCUAUGGACAGAUACUCCAAUCUCCGCUGUGGAGCUUUGCAGCUCCUUCAGGGUUAUCUUUUGUCUCUUUGUUGCCUCUCCGAUUAAUGCCCUCCUUGCCUGGUCUGUGAGUUUUGGUGGGCGGCCCUCUCUUGGCAGGUUUGUUGUGGUGCCAUAUUCUUUCAAUUUUUUAAUAAUGGAUUUAAUGGUGCUCCGUGGGAUGUUCAAAGUUUCGGAUAUUUCUUUAUAACCUAACCUUGAUCUGUACUUCUCCACAACUUUGUCCCUGACCUGUUUGGAGAGCUCCUUGGUCUUCAUGGUGCCGCUUGCUUGGUGGUGCCCCUUGCUUGGUGGUGCCCCUUGCUUAGUGGUGUUGUAGACUCCAGGCCUUUCAGUACAGGUGUGUAUAUGUAUAUAUAUAUAUAUAUAUAUAUAUGUGUAUAUAUACUGAGAUCAUGUGACACAGAUUGCACACAGGUGGACUUUAUUUAACUAAUUAUGUGACUUCUGAAGGUAAUUGGUUGCACCAGUUCUUAUUUAGGGGCUUCAUAGCAAAUGGGGUGAAUACAUAUGCACGCACCACUUUUCUGUUAUUCAUUUUUUAGAAUUUUUUGAAACAAGUUAUUUUUUUCAUUCCACUUCACCAAUUUGGACUAUUUUGUGUAUGUCCAUUACAUGAAAUCCAAAUAAAAAUCAAUUGAAAUUACAGGUUGUAAUGCAACCAAAUAGGAAAAACGCCAAGGGGGAUGAAUACUUUUGCAAGGCACUGUACUUCGGAAUUCGAUAAGAAGGACGCAUGCAACUGCAUACCCGAUGUGUCUGUCUUCACUUGUAGCCUACUUGAGAGCUGAGACAGAUGCCUAAGAGAAGAACCCGAUCACGGGACGGGCAUUGGCUAAUACGAAUUUAGAUAUCUGAGAGAGCCAUGUGAGUGAGAGGUGCUUCGGAACACGCAGCCUGUGUUCCAAAGGAUUUCAUUAUUAUAUUCAGCCCAAGGGCACAACGGCCACUGGCCGCAAAAGGCAUGGAUUUUUUUAGGGGGCAUUAUAGCCACACUAGGGGGAUGCCGCCGGGAAAUUCAAGGCAUUAUCAAGUGCUUGUCAAAUUGUGAAUGCGAGACUGAUGACGCCUGUGCAAAAAACAAAGCAGAGUUCAUGCCUUUCAUGAGACUUUUUUCAAAUCAUCAUUAGUCAGCCUUAGAAUUGAUAGAAAAUCUAAACAUAUAGCCCAACGUUUGUAUCACUACUGUUGCAUAAAUAACUCAAAAUUAAGCAUAUAGGAGGACCUGUUUCUUUGUUAACCGCUCAACACAGAAUAGCCACGUGCGCACUCCCUCUGAAAUCGUUUGGAGAAAAUAUCCUUUCUAUUUUAUUCAGCUAUGUUCAAUUGUAUUCUUCAUACUAUAAAAUAAUAGCACGGAAUUCUAAGCAAAUCUCGUCUGCAGGAUGAACUAGUGUAGGCCGUAUGGCAUAGCCAGAUCAGGGCCUAACAUAAGGACAACUCAGAGUGAUGGUGUUGGCUAUAUUAAAUGGAUUUAUUAAAUGGAUUUAUUAGACUUUUUAAAAUAUAGAUGUUCCCAAGGUUUGCACCACUAGCUUGUAGGCUAUGCGUGGAAGCCAGGAUAUGCUAAAUGUGUUUGUUAAAUAACGGUCAAUUAGUGAGACCGGCAGUUAUUUGCUUGACCAUCAACGACCUCCAUAGCCCUAGGCUACACGCGUGCUAUACUCAGUCAGUCACUCACACUCUUUCUCUCUUUCACUCUCUCCCAUUUUCACUCACUUAAAUUCAAAUGAGCUUCAUACUCAAUCACUCUGUUUCUCCGUUGGUAUCAUAGUUCCUAAUCCACUAGAAUCCCAACAGUACCUGACCACAUCUCUCUCCCAGGGUAACAAACACAGGCAGAUCUCCGAGCGGCUGCAUGAUGCUCAGAGCAAGAGGAAGGUGCAGCGGAGCGAGCUGGAGCUGACCAACAAGAGAAGAGACACAAGCAGACAGGACAUCAACUCCCUGCAGAGACAACUAGAGGUGUCUGUCUGUCUCAGUAUUAACUGUAUUCUCAGUUACUGUUUGCCUCAUUACUUCCUUUGUGUGUGUGUGUGGUGUGUGUGUGUGUGUGUGUGUGUGUGUGUGUGUGUGUGUGUGUGUGUGUGUGUCCCCCGCUCCCUGAUGAUGCGAUUGUUCCUGUGCUUUAGGAGUACCAGAGGAAGCUGUCCCAGCUGACUCCAGAACAGCAGAGGCUCAGUGACAAACUUAGGAACAUGGCCCUCAACAACCUGCCAGGUAUGGGCUGGGGUUAGGCUGGGACUGGGGUUAGGAUAGGCUGGGACGGGUUUAGGUUAAGCUGGGUUUAGGUUAGGCUGGGACUAGGGCUAAUUUAGGCUUUUAUGCUGGGGUGGAGUGCUAGACUAGUGUUUAUGGAUUGUUUAUACAGUAGGACUCAGGUAUAAGACUAGACCAUUUUUCCCAUUCAAUCAAACAUGACAAUCUAACAUGACUGAACAGGACCCUAUGUUGGAAGACCAUAGUGAGUUGUACGAAACAUUUUCCUCCUGUCAUUCCCUGGGUUGUAACUCUUCUUCCUGCUGUGCCCAGUCUCCACCAUGUCCACUCUGAAGCAAAGUGCCAGCGAGAAGGACGGAGUGUGUCGUAAACUGAAGCAGCAGCUGGAUGCUCUGGAGAAAGAGACGGCCGCUAAACUGGCCGACAUGGACCAGUACCAGAACGACAUACAGGUACGGACAUGUAUAUUUUAAGUUAGCUGGUUGUCUAACACCCACGUCUCAGUGAAUAUUAACACGCACUCUACUCACUCGCUCAAAUAUUAUGGUAAUAUGUUGAACUAUAACGUUUGACCUGAAGUGAAUAUAAGAUAUUAACGUGAUUGAUUUGAGACCGGGCUGGAAUGAUUCAGUAUUUGUUUGGCUAAUAUGAUUGAUAACCAGUGUGAUCUGCUGCUUCUCUCUGUGUUUCUAACCUACCACUACAACUCUGGAAUUUUCUCUCCACCCUUUCCUAUCCCCCUUCCCUCUAUCUCCUCCUCAACUCUCUCUGUCUGCCCCAUACAUUUUCUCUCCUCCCUCUCUCCUGGCCUGUCUUGCUACAGUAUGGGGAUGCAGAUGACUGUCUGCUACAUGGUCUCCUCUCUCUGCUCAACUGCCUUAGUAACCUCUUCUACCUCCUAAAGGUGCUCUCUCACUCUCUCUCUUUUCUUCUCUCCCUCUGUCCUUCUCUCUUUUCUUCUUCUCUCUCUCCCUCUCACUCUCUGUCUUUGUGUCUAGACUCUAAACCACUCUUCCCUGAGUUCUCCAACCCCUCUCACCCCUGUGCUUGCUGUGCCAUCUGUGGGUUUGUAGUUUGUGCUUCAUGUCAAAUACUAUGCCGUUACCUCUCCCUCGUCACAGUUCAUUGUCAGUCAUAGAUCAUGUUGUGCCUUUCUUAUUCUGAAUAUGUCCCUCCCAGUUAGUAUGUGAAAUGUGCCCUCUUAUUGAUGUUGUGCAUAUGGUAACAUCAGGAUCUGAGAGAGAGCCAGUGGAAGCAGCAGUCGGCUCUGGAUAAACUACGAAGCAUCAAAGAGGACAAACGGAGAGAACUGGAGAGACAGAGGGCGCAGGAGGAGGAGAGGAAGAGGAGGGAGGAGGAGGAGGCCCAAAGGUGACCUGGUCUCUCCUCUACCUAACACACGCACACCUGUACACGAACACACACACCUAUGUACAUACACACACAUAUAUAUAUAUAUAUAUAUACACACACACACACACGCUCAAGCAUGAUCUGUUCUGACAUAGACCUCUCCCUCCCUGUCUACCCAGGCGUAUUAAGCUGGAGAAGGAGCGUCAGUGGCAGAAGAAGCUGCAGAGAGAGGAGGAGGAGAGAGAGAGGAGGUUGCAGGAAGAGAGGGAGGCCAAACUGAGAGAGGAGGAGGAGAAGGAGACACAGGCCCGCCUCUUAGCUGCUAAAGAACAGGCAGAACGAGAACGCAGAGCGGAGGAGAGGAGAGAGCAGGAGAGGAGGAUGCAGGAGGAGAGGAGAAGACUGGAGGAAGAGGAGAGGAAGAUGGAGGAGGAGAGAAGGAAACAGGAGGAGGAGAGGAAGAGAAAGGAUGAGGAGAGGCGAGAGGAAGAGAGGAGGCGGCAGGAGGAGCGGAGGAAGCAAGAAGAGGAGGAUCGGCGCAGAAGAGAGGAGGAGAGGAAGAGGUUAGAGGAGGAGAUGAUGGAGAGAGAGAAGGAGGAAGAGGAGAGGAGGCGGCAGCGGGCUGCAGAAGCAGCGAUCCGAGACGCAGAGGAGAGGAAGAGAGUGGAGGAGGAGAGGAAGAGGAAGGAGGAGGAGAGGAGAAGGCAGGAAGAGGUGGAGAGGAAGAGGCGCGAGGAGGACAGGAAGAGAGUGGAGGAGGAGAGGAAGAGGAAGGAGGAGGAGAGGAGGAGGCAGGAAGAGGUGGAGAGGAAGAGGCGCGAGGAGGACAGGAAGAGAGUGGAGGAGGAGAGGAAGGAGGAAGAGAGGAGGAGGCGGCAGGAGGAGGAGGAGGAGAGGAAGCUGAAGGAAGAAGCAAAGAGGAAGCUGGAGGAGGAGAAGAGGAGAAGAGAGGAAGAGGCGUUGCGGCAGCAUAGUGCAGGGAAGACCAACAUCCAUGACAAACUGUCAGCCCUUCUCAGAGGACUAGAGGAGAGGAAAGGUAAUGAGGAACAACUAGACAUUCAACUGUUCUUUCAUUCCCCUGCAUUCUAUUCAUUCAUUCAUUACCUCUUUAUUAAACCUUUAUUACGAUAUCGAAAACCAAAAGGCACAUGGUUGCUCUGGUCAAAAGAAGUUCACUACAUAGCAGGGUAGGGUGUAAUUAGAGAUUAAUAUAUUUUCAAAUGUGAACUGAGGUGCUGUUAUGUGAAUGGCUGUUCCAGGCGGUCUGCAGCCCCAGGCCAUGGAGCACAGGAAGUCUGCGGCGCUCACUUCCUUCCGGGCGCUCUACCCCUUCACCGCUCGCAACCAGGACGAACUCAGCUUCGAGGCCGAUGAACUCAUCGAGGUUAGAACCAUAGAGAUUACGAUUUAAUUAUAAAUGUAAUUUACACUAUGACAUUUCUGAAUACAGGUUUGUGCUUCUUUGUUGUGUGCCCAUUCGUGUGUGUGUGUGUCUAGGUGGAUGAGAGUAUGGAGCGGGAGCAGGGUUGGCUGUAUGGCAGUCGGCAGGGGAAGAUGGGCUGGUUCCCAGAGAGCUAUGUGGAGAGACAGGCCAAACCAGAGACACCUGCUACUGCUGUUAUUAAUACAACUCUAGCUGCCACUACCACUGCUGUUGCUACCACUGCUGUUUAUGCUACUGUUGCUAAACAGGCCCCCAGACCACAACUCUCCACCCCCAAACACACAGGGUAGGAUGGUUAGCACUCACGCACACACACAAUUGCUACCCAUAGGUCCUUUGCCUAGGAAUGGACCGUGUUACCUUUCCUCAAACCUGAUGAGACAUUCAUAUGGUGAUUUCAUGUAAAUACUGUACUACUGACAGAAAAGUUAAUGACCUUUGACCCUUGAUGUCUUCUAGGAAACCCGGGGGAGACGCUGCCAUGCCAACGGGACAGAACUCCGCCUUCACACCUACACACGCCCCUCACCACGCCCCCUUGGAUCAGAUACAGGUAUAGGAGAGGGGUGGAACGAGCCAAUUGGAAGCAAGGGAUGAGUAGGUGGCCAAGAUGGCCAAUAUCGUGAUUGGUGAUGGAUGGCUCCACCUUUUCUAGAGCACGGCACACUGGCACACCUCAUUCAAUUAGUCAAAGGCUUUAUGAUUAGUUGACUAAUUGAAUCAGGUGUGCCAUUUUAGGGUUAAAACAUAAUCUGAAACGUCUGGGGGGGCCCGAGGAGAGGGUUGGGAAAACCUGGUCUAGAGGGUCCUUCUUAAAUAUGUUAACACUGAAGGGAUAGGGGCUACGGCUGGUUAUUGCACCAGGGAUUCCACAGGACUGUGCUGCCAUAGCUGUCCUCACCAUCACCUGUACACAAUACAACCAGGAAGAUGGAGUGGAGGAGCAGGAAGUGUCGGGUGAUAUUUACACUGUAACACCCCACACAGAUCACGUUGCUACAUAGAGUUAGUUAGAGGACUCAUCUUUGUAUCUGUCCCACAGGCAGAUCCAUUGAGGCCAUCUCCAUUUAGAAAUGGUCAAUUAUCUUGUAUGUUGAAAAAAUGCAUAACGCUUAUAUUGGUGAUUUACCACCACCUGCAGCUGGAGUCCUGAACCAUAUAUUGUGUCAUUCAUUUGCUGUGGCCACUAAAUGGCGGGGAUAUAGCGUGAGCCCUUGAUGAGUUGAAUGAGCUGUGUUUGUCCGGGGCUACAACGAAAAUGUGUUCUGUUGGGGAUACUUGAGGACCACAGUUGGGAAACACUGCUCUGACUAGACAGAUAAUUCCUUAUGCCUACUCUGAUUUAUACACACAGAUACAGACAGCACUGGUUAAAAGGAAGGGACUGGUGUAAGGAAUAUGACGGAAACUCCCUCCAGCCUGCUUACACCAGUCUAGAACAUUUAAAUUCAUGAGGAGUGAAAAAGGAGAGCUACCGUCCAGUAGGUUUUCGCUCAAACCCUAAUCUAGCGCACCUGAUUCUAAUAAUUAGCUGGUUGAUAAACUGAAUCGGGUUAGUUACUACUGGGGUGGGAUUGAAAACCUAUAGGAGGGUAGCUCUCCAGGAACAGGGUUGGAGAACCCUGAACUACAAUCUCCCAAUUUGACUUUGACCCCAUGUCCUUCUCCCCUCUCUCCCCCUCAAUCUUAUAUCUCACUCCAUCACCCCUUUUCUCUCUACCUCCUUGCUCUGUCUCUUCCUCCCUCCAUCACCCUCGUCCUCGCUAUCUGCCACACUAUCUUUAACUGCUCUAGGUGGUGGGUAGCCUGCAGGCCCAGGCUCUGUGUUCGUGGACCGCUAAGACAGAGAGCCAUCUGAACUUCAGUAAGGAUGAUGUGAUCUGGGUGCUGGAGCAGCAGGAGAGCUGGUGGCUGGGGGAGCUCAACGGGGUGCAAGGCUGGUUCCCCAAAACAUAUGUCAAACUCCUGGGAGACAAUGAAGACACCACCAAGUAAAUACACCACACACAGUUUUUUUCCCCUCACACACAUCUUUUUGUCUGACAGGCCCUUUUGUUAUCAGUGAAGGAAUUCAGUCAUGUGUACCUGAAGAUAUGUGUGCAAGGCUGCCUGUGUGGUGUGCCAAAGGGAACCGCCUGCAGUAGAACUAGCUAACUGUGUUUGCUUAUGUUGUAAUCGUUUUAAUAAUGUCUAUUUGUCUUGUUCCAGCUCGAUCAAUUCCCCUCCUGAUGGAUCUGAAGCCACAGAUGCUGCUCAACAGGAAGGUAGUUUGAUGUUUGUCUCUCUGAGAGCUCAAGUUUUGUGUCAUCCAAUCAGAAUGUCUCUGAGGUCAUGUUUUGUGUCGUACAACCAGAGUACGUGGCGCUGUACACCUAUGAGAGCCCAGAGCCUGGUGACCUGACAUUUAGGGAGGGUGAUGUCAUCCUGGUGACCCAGAGAGAGGGAGAGUGGUGGAGCGGAGGCAUCGGAGACCGCACCGGGGUGUUCCCUUCUAACUACGUCAAACCCAAAGAGACAGACGUAAGACACGCACAGUACUGUAACUUGUACCUGGCUUGUACUUAAGACCUAAGUACUGUAACUUGUUCUUUCAGACAUCCAGCAACUCUGGGAAAUCAGGUCAGCCUGGGAAGAAACCAGGUAAGGACAUCACACUAAAUUAUUCCCAUGCUGGGAAAGUACAGUAUGGCUGCUUCUUCUUCCUUUCAAAAUGUCCUCUAAAUCUGAUAUAACUCCCUACUUGUGUGUGCGUGUGCAGAGAUAGCCCAGGUGAGCACAGCCUACACGGCCACGGGGACAGAACAGCUCAGCCUGGCGCCAGGACAGCUUAUCCUCAUCCUCAGCAAGAACGCCACCGGCUGGUGGCUCGGAGAACUGCAGGUUGGCUGACUGGUUGUUUUAGACUAGAAUUAAAUGAGGCAAUAUGAUUUUGAUCGAUACAUUUGCGUAAAUUGUUAUUUGAUUGAUUGAUCUCUAAGGCGCGGGGAAAGAAGCGUCAGAAGGGUUGGUUUCCUGCCUCGCACGUCAAAAUGCUGGGAUCCAACAGCGGCAAGUCCACGCCAGCACCUCUACCAGGUGAAACACACACCCCUAUCUCAUGAAACACAUCUUUAGUAGACAGUGAGUGAAGAAGAGCGACUACAGUUUAUUUGGAACUUCUAAGCCAUCUCACACCUUAACUCCUGUCUCCCCCUCCUCUCUACCCAUCUCCCCCAGUGUGUCAGGUCAUUGCCAUGUACGACUAUAAGGCAGCUAACGAGGACGAGAUGAGCUUCUCCAAGGGUCAACUGAUCAGUGUGUUCGACAAGAACGACCCCGAUUGGUGGAAAGGGGAGGUCAACGGGGUCACCGGUCUGUUCCCAACCAAUUACGUCAAGAUGACCACCGCCGACACCGACCCCAGCCAGCAAUGUGAGUACAUAACUUUUUUGAUGUGCUUUUCCAAAGUCGUCAUUUCUCAAAUAUAAUUUCUCAAUUUAAGUGUUCACAUGACAGGGUGGGCAGAUAGAUGCAUCCUAGUACACAUGACAGGUAUAUGGAAGAUGUUAGUAGAGCCAGUCAGCAAGGUGAGUCAAACUAGUCUAAAGAGGUUACAGGUUAGGGCAGGGCUUCCCAAAGUCGGUCCUGCCCCCAUCCCCCCCCACUGGGAUUUGUCCUAGCACUACACCGCUGAUUCAAAUAAUCAAAGCUUGAUAAUGAGUUGGUUAUUUGAAUUAGCUGUAGUGCUAGGGCAAAAAUCUAAACGUUCACCGACUUUGGGAAACCCUAGCAACGUUAUUAUUUAUACUCUUGGGGCGAACAAACAAAUUGGAAAUAUUUCCCUGCUCUUGAUUCCUUUCUACCAUUCUUCUAAUUUUCACCUGUUCGUCAAUCAAUCCAUUCUUCUCACUCAAGUUUUUCCGCCCCUUCCCUUCCCUUCCUUCCCCCCUCGCCGUCCCAUUCUUCCCCCCCCCGUCCCAUCCUUCCCCCCCUCACCCGUCCCCAUUCUGCCCCCCCCUCCCGUCCCAUUCUUCCCCCCCUCCCGUCCCAUUCUUCCCCCCCUCCCGUCCCAUUCCUUCCUUCCUUCCCUUCCUCCUACCCCUACCCCUACCUUCCCUUCCUUCCUCCCACUCCCUCCCUCCCUCCUCCCUCCCUCCCUCCCUCCUCCCUCCCCUCCCUCCCUUCCCUCCCUCCCUCCCUCCUCCCCCCCCUCCCCCCUCCCUUCCUUCCCUCCCUUCCUCCCCUCCCCCCCUCCCUUCCUUCCCUCCCUUCCUCCCCUCCCCUUCCUUCCUCCCCUCCCUCCCCUUCCUUCCUCCCCUCCCCUCCCCUUCCUUCCUCUUCUCUCCCUCCUCCUUCCUCUUCUCGCUCUCCCUUCCUCUUCUCUCUCUCCCUUCCUCUUCUCUCUCUCCUCCUUCCUCUUCUCUCUCUCUCUCCCUUCCUCUUCUCUCUCUCUCCCUUCCUCUUCUCUCUCUCCUCCUUCCUCUCUCUCUCUCUCUCCCUUCCUCUUCUCUCUCUCUCUCCCUUCCUCUUCUCUCUCUCCCUUCCCCUUCUCUCUUACCUUCAUCUCUUUCUCUCUGUAGGGUGGUAGUGUCUCCUCCUCCUCUCCGUCUCAGAGACCUACUUUCACGCUCACAUGAUCUGGACUGUUGGAGACCCCGCCCCUUUACUAACCUCUGACCCCUGUCUGGCCACACCUCUGACUUCUAACCUCUGACCUGCUGCCUGUGUCUGUUUUGGAGUAGGUAGACGUUAUCCUUAAACACAAAUCUAGGGUCAGAUUACCCAACCCAUAAUGCUAACUUUAAAGGGAUAGUGCGAAAUUCUGGAAAUUAAGCCAUUUUUCUACAUACCCAGAGUCGGAUACCGUGGAUAACAUUUUUAUGUCUGCAUGCAGUUUGAAGUUGCAAUCAUCCAUGACUUAAUCUGUCUUUGGGUAAGUAGAAAAUCGGCGUAAUUGCCAGUCUCGCACUAUCACUUUAACCACGAGGGGAAUGAAAUAACAUCUGUCCCUGUGCCAGUGGUUAGGGUUUAACUUCUACCUACUCUACCACUGAUACAGGGUCUGAUAGGUUGUCAUCCCUUUGGCGUUGCCCAAACUCUGUCCUGGUGACCCAAGGGGUGCACGUUUAGAUUUUUGUCCUAGUAUUACACAGCCGACUCAAACAAUCAAAGCUUGAUGAUAAUUUGAAUCAGCUUUGUAGUGCUAACGCAAAAACCCAAAUGACCACCCCUAGUGGUCCCCAGGACUGAGUUUGGGCAACGCCGCCUUAAUGGUCAGAGUUAGCAUUAGCGUUAGGUAACCUGAUCCUAGAUCUGUGGGUAGGGGAAGCUACCUGGAGCAUCUGUCCCUUUUCUUCCUGCUUUUUCAACUCAACUCCCACCAACUGGCUUUUUUAACCUGGGACUGAACCAAGAGCUGAGAUUUGACCCCUGUCUGUCUGUAUCCCUGCUGUCGUUAAUGCAUCCAAUGACGUUUCUGACCUGAUGUUGAUUAGUCUGUUAAUUGGGUACAAACUCAAAACAGGGCUUUUUCACAUGGUGUUCUAUACUAUAGGACCACUGGCUGAAUCUAAAGAAAAAAAUGUAUGCUGGGUGAAGCGAACAGGUUUAAACAAACAUGCACACUCUUAAAACUGUUUUCUAUAUUAGGACAAAGUUUUGGUGUUUGGUGACCCUGAAGUGCAAUGACGCUAACGUUGAUCUAGUGGGUGUCUCUGUGGCUGUCCCCCUUCACCUGUCCCCUCCGCUCUCCUUUCCUCCCAUUUUCUCUUUCUCUUAGAAGGAGCGACAGAUACUUUUAUUAGCCCUAUUUUAUUUCAUUUAUCAUUAAAGUUCAGCUCGCAAAGAACCCACCAUCUCGCUCGGAUUCCUAACUGAUUCAAUAAUGAUGAGUCGUUUGCUUUGGCCACACUGUAUUUGUUAGAGGAUCCGUGACAAUCAAAAGGAGUCCUCUCUGAUUCAACUGGAACGAUUCAUCAUUGAUUGAAUUCUGACAACUAAUUUUCUGGGGCCACUGUGUGUUUAGAAGCCAAACCUGAUUGUGAUGAUUCAUAGCUAUAUGAAUCAACUCUUUGAGCUUUGCAGUGUCGAGAGCAGAACAAACAACUAGUUACAAUUGCACCUUCAUUCUCUGGCAUUGACUAUAUUAUUAUGAUUACUGAUGAUGUUUUAGUGCAUGAUCAAGCUAGAGUGAAGUAGCUAGCUGCUGUAACACUGAAAAGGAAACUAAACUAUGCAAACUAGUGGAGGUUGUUGGACAACCAAGCACUGUCCAGGGGUUGGACUGCUCUUUCUCUGCAUCCUACUACAGCUCCUCCUACUCUCUAUUCUACUAUGGGCUAGUCCCCGUUCCACAUACCACAGUGAGACUAUUUUUGAAAAUGUGCCUCUGUCUUGGUUUCUAUCUGAGUCUAGCCCAACCGGUAGUGUGUAGCCGGCUGCAUAGAGUCCAUUGGACGCAGAUGACAAACGACGUAAACGGAAUAAUGGCGCCAUCUGCCGCCCGGUUGGGCUAAUCUAAAUCCAUAGUGAAAGGAGAAAUUAAAGGCUGGUUUUGAAAUGUGUGUUGUCGUCAUCCCUGGGUGAAUGUUAGGACAGCAUUAACGGUAUGACAGUUUGUCUGUGGAAGAGAUCAGGAGGACAGUGUGUGUUUAAAGUCAACACAACACCAUUGCUAUCUGAAAUAAACACCCACAGUUUCAGAAUGGGAACACAGUAUCUAGAUAUUCUGAUCUCUCGCUACCAUUCAUUUACCCUGUAGCUUCAUUCCUAUGUCUUCCCAAGGCAGGGUAGAAGGUAUCUUGAUCCUCUGGAAGCACACACAGUCCCUCUCCUAUUUUGGUACAAACAGAUUUAGCUGCUUGUCUUGCUAUGGGCUUAGUGUAUGUGGAUGAGAGGGCAGGGGGGGUAUAGAGGAGAGGGGGAGAGAGGAGAGCACAGGUUAGAGGGUUGGAUAAAGCGAGAGCGUCUCAUAGCCUACCUGGGUAGAAAGAGACAGAAGAGAGAGGAUGAGUUUACACAGUGAAGACAAGCUGCAGUUUCUAAGGCUCUGGGAUGAGAGGGAAGAGGGGGGUGAUACUGAGAAAGAGAAGGAGACCACCUGUAUGGGACUCCACGGCUGUCAGAAUGGGCACUCUGCACAAGGUAAGAGUGCCCUUGCUUUGGGUGAAUGUGUGUGGUUGGUUCUGAGACGGACUAUAGAUUGAUGGGUUUAGGUGUGUGUGUGUGUUUUCAGAGUAUAUAUAAAUGUGAAUGUGUGUUUGUCUGUUCUGAUUAUAUACAGAUGUAGGAUCCUAAUUUGACCAGUAUUGUUGCAGCAAAAUAAUCCUGCAGCAACAGGAUUUUAACGUUUAGUCCAUAAUGUUGCUUGAUCGGUGGUUAGGCUAUUAGCUGGCCACAAUUAAGCUACAUGGAAGUGCAAUACUGUUAAUAUAAUUGUGUUAAGGCAGGUUUUCAGUGAAUUUAUGUAAAUUAUUAAGGUCAUCUGCAUUUCCUGCAGUGCAGGAAAAUUCUCAGCAACAAAAGUGAUCAAAUUAAGAUCCUACAUUUGUAUGAUUCCCUCACUCACUCGCUCGCUCUCUCCCUCUAUCUCCUUCCCUCUCCCUCUCUCCUCCCUUCCUCUCUCUCUCAGGGUGUGCUGACCUGAACAGUCUAGACUCUAUGACUCCCCAGGAGAGGAAGAGACAGGGUUACAUCCACGAGCUCCUCCAGACAGAAGAGAGAUAUGUAGAGGACCUACAGAUAGUCAUGGAGGUAACACACAAACACAGACGCUUGCAUGUGCGCACACACUUAAACACACUUAUGUACUGUACUCUGUGUGUGUGUAUUCAGGUGUUCCAUAAACCCAUGUCUGAGUCGGGCCGUCUGACAGAGGCAGAGAUGGCCAUGAUCUUUGUCAACUGGAAGGAGCUCAUCGCCUGUAACACCAAACUGCUAAAGUACGUAUUGACAUGGUGUGGGUUUAGGUGUGUGAGAGUUCACGAGUUUGAUCAUAUGUAUGGGUGUCUCGGGCCAGACGGUAAGAACAUGUGGUGUGUGCGUGCAUUUGUUUGUGUGUGUAUGCAUGCAGUUAUUUAUGUGUCUGUUUUAAAUGUGUGUGUGUGUGUGUGUGUGCGCGCGUAGGGCUCUGCAUGUGCGUAAGAAGACUGGGGGUGAGAAGAUGCCUGUCCAGGUGAUCGGGGACAUCUUGGCGUCAGAGCUGGCUCACCUCCAGCCAUACAUCCGGUUCUGCUCCUGUCAACUAAACGGAGCUGCUCUGCUGCAGAGCAGGACUGACAACCAACAGGACUUUAAAGACUUCCUCAAGGUGAGAGGGGGAGCUAGUGAGAAGAGAGGGAGACUGGGAGAGAGGGAGCAUGAAAGAACAUGCAGUGAGUGAAGGAAAACAAGAGAAGAGACAAGCGGGAGUACAGAGGAGAGAGGGAGAGGGGAAAUGAAUGAGAAGAGGGGGAGGGAGGUAGAAUACAACAGGAGAACAUGUUCAUGAACCUUUCUGAUACAUACCAACCUGAGAGUGCUGAUUAUACAUGGAAGGUUGUGUGUUCAUAUUAAAUAUUGCUUUUCCUCCAUUAGAAAAUCGCCACAGACUACCGCUGUAAAGGCAUGCCCUUAUCCAGCUUCCUGCUGAAGCCCAUGCAGAGGAUCACACGCUACCCUCUACACAUCAAAAACGUAAGUGUGUGCGUGUCUGUUUGUACAUGUAUGCGUGUGUUGUACCCGUGUGAGUAUUAGUCAUGUGAGAGUGUGUAUUCUGCGUCUGCAUUGCUUGCUCUUUGGAAAGCACUUUGUGACAACUGCUGAUGUAAAAAGAUUGGUUGGUUGUGUAUGUGUGUGUGUGUAUUUAACCCUUGUCUAUUGAUUGUCUCAGAUCCUGGAGAGUACCCAGGAGGGCCAUGUGGACCGCGGCCCCCUGAGAGAGGCUUUGGAGCGGGCUGAGGAGCUGUGUUCUCAGGUCAACGAGGGAGUCAGGGAGAAGGAGAAUUCUGACAGGCUGGAGUGGAUGCAGUCACACGUACAGUGUGAGGGAGUCACAGAGGUAUACACAGACACCGACGCAAGCGCGCACAUCAUACGCACAUCAUACGCACAUCAUGCACACAUCAUAUACACAGAUAGUACCUCACACACAUAAACCUCUGUAACCCUCCCUCUCUCUCCCGUGCAGAACUUGGUGUUUAACUCUCUGACUAACUGCCUGGGGCCCCGUAAACUGCUCCACAGUGGUAAGGUGUACAAGAUUAAGAGCAAUAAGGAGCUGUGGGCCUUCCUCUUUAACGACUUCCUACUGCUCACCCACGCUGCCAAACAGUUCAGCUCCUCGGGACCAGACAGACUCUUCAGCAACAAGAACAACACACAGCUCAAGAUGUAUAAACCGGUGAGAAACAAAUGCAGUGGACGUGCUCGCACACACAAGCAUUAGUUCCUAAUGGAUCAUUUUGGCAAGGUACAGAAACGACACUUCCUAUUCGAAAAGCGUCACCCAUCUGAGCCCAUUCAAAUUGAGAACAUCCCCGUAUCCAGUUAUUUUGUUUCUCAGUGGUUAUGACAUGUAUUAUGGCCCUGUUGUGACAGCCUUAUGUUUCCUCCUGUAGCCGGUGUUCCUCAACGAGGUUCUAGUGAAGUUGCCUGACCCCUCCAGUGAAGAGCCCUUCUUCCACAUCUCCCACAUCGACCGAGUCUACAGCCUCAAGACCGAGAACAUCAACGAGAGGUACGUGCAGGCACAAACACAAAUGCGGGGACACAUGCACACACACUAAUAUGCAGGCACUCACAUUCCAUUACCCUUGCUCAUGUCAUGUGUGUAUUUUGGUUCUGCAGGACGGCCUGGGUGCAGAAGAUCAAAGCUGCCUCGGAGGACUUCUUAGAGACAGAUAAGAAGAAGAGGGAGAAGGCCUACCAAGGUCCGUUUUUUUCUCUUUUUCUCUCUCUUACACACACACACACACACACACACACACACACACACACACACACACACACACUGCAAUAGUUAAAGUAGUAGUCCUAGUAGUGGUGUGACUAUUCUCGUGUGUGCGCAGCUCGUUCCCUGAAGGCCAGUGGAAUCGGCCGGCUGUUAGUCACCAUCCUGGAGGCCACUGAACUCAAGUCCUGCAAACCCAACGGUGAGGUUUAUACACAUCAUACGUAGUUUACCUACACAGCGGACAUGAACUAGUACCACUUAUUACAAUGAGGAAGGUUUACAUGGAAACAGAACACAGGUACAGGCUGUAUUCGUAUCUUGAGCACUGGUAUGUAUUAACACCUUUCUCCUCCUCUUCCUCUCUCCUCCUUGUCCUCCCCCUCCUUCUCUCUCCUCUUCCUCUCCCAGGUAAGAGUAACCCUUACUGCGAGGUAACCAUGGGAGCUCAGAUCUACACCUCUAGGACCCUCAGUGACACGGUCAACCCCAAGUGGAACUUCAACUGUCAGUUCAACAUCAGAGAUUUGUACCAGGACGUCCUCUGCAUCACCAUCUUCGAGAAGGACCAGUUCUCCCCUGACGGUCAGCACGCACACACGAAUCAAGACAUUCUAAAAUAGUUGUUUAACAUAUCAGCUCACCACAUCAAAUGAUAUAGCAAUCUGAUGCCCGACUGCACAGUUGGUGUAGUACAGUUGAUGCAUUGCAACGUCUGCAAUGUAGUCGGCCUGGAACGCAACCUCUAUGUAUAAUGUGUCGUACUGCUAACUAGUCUCUCCUCUCUGCCGUUUCCCAGACUUCCUGGGUCGUACGGAGGUUCCCGUGGCGACCAUAAAGAAGGAGUUGGAGAACAAGGGUCCAGCGACGCGCCGGCUGCUCCUGCACGAGGUCCCCACUGGAGAGGUUUGGGUCCGCCUCGACCUGCAGCUCUUUCAAAACAGAGCGUCCAAA